CCUCCAUCUAGUCAAUACCGACGUUCAGUCUCUUGUUAUAACUUGAAUUUGUAACAUCUUGUGUCAUAUUCUCUCCAACAAAUUUGCGGUUUUUGUUUGAAGAGUCAAUUAGUCGUAGAGAAAAAAUCCAGUUUAUCGGGUUAUUCUUCUUCUACAGUUCAUAUAAAUUACAUAUCAAGAACCAUGACAAAAGCGUUAUUUUCUUUAUUAUUGUUUACAACGGUGCUUAUCUAUAAUGUUGUGGAAUCACAAUUCAAUCGAUGCUCAGCUAGUGAGUCUUGCAUACCAUUCAAAGAUUGUGAGCCAUUGAAGAGAUUGACUGCGGCGGGUCGAUUAACACCAGAACAAACAGCAAUGCUUAGAAGUAAGCAAUGUAAUUCAAUAAAUCGUGUUGCUUAUGUUUGUUGCGAAGGAAAUAUUCAGAAAGCUAAUAUACCAAGACCGCCUACCUGUGGAACACUUUUUGGUGAUAGGAUUUUUGGAGGUGAAGAAACUAGUCUGGAUGAUUUUCCAUGGAUUGCACAGAUCCAGUAUUCGAAACCACAGAAUAAAAUUGCAAGUCAUUGUGGUGGAAGUUUGAUCAACGAUCAAUUCGUCCUAACAGCAGCUCAUUGUGACCGCAAAGUUCCUAAAACAUGGAAAAUUAUUCAAGUUCGUCUUGGUGAGUGGGACACAAGAAUGAAUCCUGACUGUGUAGAUUAUGUAAAUGAACGAGUCUGUGCUGAUCCUUACAUUGAAGUUCCUGUAUCUAAAGUUAUUGUCCAUCAAAGUUAUGAUCCAGAAUCUCGUAAUCAGCCCAAUGAUAUUGCUUUACUGAAAUUAAACAGAAAAGUCCAGUUUACUGAAUGGAUCAAGCCAAUUUGCUUGCCAGUUGACUUUAGUGUAAGAAAUCUUGACUUUUCAUCUCAUGCACUUGAGGUUGCUGGUUUUGGAAAGACUGAAGCAGAAAAUGCAAGUCCUGUGAAAUUGAAAGUCGCGUUGAAUGGAACGCCACAAAAUGACUGCCAAAAUUAUUAUGCUCGACAAGGUGUUCAAAUUGCAAGCUCUCAGAUGUGUGCUGGCGGUGAGGAAGGAAGAGACAGUUGUAAUGGAGACUCUGGUGGGCCAUUGAUGAAGUAUGGAACAUACCCAAAUUCGCAAACGUCUUACUACAUGCUUGUUGGAAUCGUUUCAUUUGGACCAAAGAAUUGCGGAACUAAAGAUAUUCCUGGAGUCUACACUCGAGUCUCGGAAUACAUUGACUGGAUCAGCACUAAUGCUGUAUAAUUUUGUGACUGAAAAUGCUCACUAAAUGACUUAAAUAAAUGAUUAAUUUUGGUUUUUUUAUAUUGAAUUUUGCUCGGUUUUUUCAAUUGUCAAAUGUGGCUUAAAGCAGUUGAGUUUAAUAAUUUUCAGAAAUUUCUUAAACUUGAUUGAUUUUUCGAAUUUUUUAAAAAGUAAGAUUAAAAAUAAAUCCUUUGACUUUAAUGUAAAUCGUGUCGCAGUUUGAAGCUUUAUUUUCAUUGGAAUCCAAGCUUAUUUUCAAGCUUUGAAUAAACGUUAAACUGAUUUGUUGUAGAA